AUGGCUAGUCGAAGCUGUGGGACAUGUAGGGAUCGUCGGAUUCUCUGCGACCGGACUGUCCCAAGGUGCUCGCAGUGUGCCCAGUCUAACCGCACCUGUAAAGGCUACGGCCUCCGGUUGUCUUGGCCAAAGGCCAAUGAUAAGCGACGUGCUGUGGUGGCACGCUCAUUCAUACAGCAGAGGCGCGCAGGGCCUCAUUCCUUCAAUGCGCGCCUGAUUAAUAUAUCCACCUGGGAUAUUGAGAUGCACCGCUAUCUCUUAGGUCUAGUAUCAAGUGUUCAAUCUACUGCAUCCUGCUCUUUGACAACCUUCGGUCAUGACCCAACCAAUGUGGGCAAUAUGCUUAUCCGCAUGGCACUUGUCAAUAACGCCCCAUCCACUGUUGCAGUGCUGCGGUCUUUGCUCGCAUUAUCCUCCCUGCACCGCUCUGGGCUGCAAUCACAAGCUGCUGAACUCAAGAUUGCUGCCUUAAAAGCCCUAGGUGUCGCAUCGAAUCGCGAAAUCGGUACCAUGGAAACAAUCCAGCAUGUUGCUGCGGGGAUGCUCUUAUGCUCUUAUGAGAUCCACCAGGCGUCAUGUACCUCCGGCCAAUGGCGAUUGUACAUUAUCGGCGUCAAAAGUGUCAUAAAAGCCUCAUCUUUCGACACAUUUAAAAGUGACAGCGACUUCAAUGCCUUGCUUGACUGGGUAUACUACCAUGAUGUAUUGUCCCGUUUCAGUAUCACACACUGGCAUCCGCCGGCGAUCGACAGGCCUCUCGUACAUUUGGACGAGCCGGUAGAUAUUCCAUCGCCGCCGGUGAACACCGAUCCGUGUAUUGAGGUUGGCAUAGUCUUUUCGCGUUCCACCGAAAUCACACACUCAACCCAAUCUUCCUUUACCAAAAUUCUGAAGUCUUUGACUGGGGUCUUCAAUCUAGUCGCAACAAAACCGUCUCAUAUGUCUUCAUCCGAAGAAGCCGACAACUUUAAAAGCUACCUUAAAAUCCUCACUUGGAGGAUCCGGUCCAUCCCGAUCUCAGACACGAUAAUCAAUGAGAAUCCGAGCAUGGCGACUCUUGUGGAACUUUUCCAACUAGCCACUCUCAUCUAUCUUAACCGGGUAUUUGGAAACAUCCUAGAGCUGAUUACCGAAACUCAACAACAGAUUGAACGAGCCUUCAGUAUUUUCUCCCAGCUCAAAUCUUGUGAGCGUCAGUAUCCGCUGUUUAUCUUGGGCUGCGAAGCGCGGACAGAUGGGGAAAGAUGUAUAGUCCUGGAUUUAAUUUCCAGGACGGAGAAGAGGGAUUCAUCGCGUUCCCUAUUUUUGACCAAGAAACUUAUCCAGGCCAUCUGGGUACAAGAUGAUCUUUCACAUGGCGAGAUUGACUAUACUGAAAAGCUCAGUGCCAUAUUGAGCUGUUGCACUAUUUUGCCUACUUUUGUCUGA